AUGUCUUCUUCUUUGGAUAGAGCUCUCCUAGCGAUGACGUUAGAUGAAGAUGAUGAACCUUUUGAUCUUCCUGAUCUGCCUCAGUACAGCUCAUGUCAAAAUAAUUCGAUCAGUUUGAUUGGAAGGUUCUUAAAUCCUGACUGCCAGAAGAUGUCGAAUUUGAUACGAGAAAUGCCCCGAAAAUGGCAGAAAUUCGAUCGUGUCCGUGGAGUUGCGCUUUCGUCGGAGAGAUUUCAAUUCAUCUUCAAGCAUGAGCACGAUCUCGUUGAGGUGUAUGAAAAGGGCGUUCAUUGUCUUAAUGAUUGGUCCUUGGCGAUGGAAAGAUGGGUUGAAAAACCUCCAGAAGACUACCUCAACUAUGUUUUUAUCUGGGUUCGACUUCGCAAUAUUCCUGUUAACCAUUAUACGCUUAAAGCUAUUGCUGCCUUAGGUGAUUUGGUUGGAGAAGUGGUGGAAGUUGCCUUUGAUCCUUCGAAACCCCAGAUAAACGAUUAUGUCAGAGUAAAGAUUCGCUUUAAUGUCUCCAAACCGCUUCGCAAAUCUAAGGUAGUCAAUCUCCCAAGUGGUGGACAAACUUCAAUCCUAUAUGAAUACGAGAGGAUUCACAAGAGAUGUUUCCACUGUCAAAGAUUGACUCAUGAGCAAACUGUAUGCCCUAUAAAACUUCGUUCUCUCCAGAGAGCCUCCGAUCAGCUACCUUCUUCAAGCAAAAUAUCUGACUCGCUUAAGGAGUUGGUUUUAAAAGAGCCUGAUCCUCUCUUUGGUGUUCUGGAAGAAAAUCAAGUGGGUAUUAAUCCUUCAACAGGAAGACCUAGAAUAGCUAAAGAGGUUCUUGAUGGUAUGAGGCUUUAUCUCCUAUCUGCUUCCGGUCCAGAAAAAAUUAUCCGAGAACAAAGAGUUAAGGCUUCUUUAGCAGAUAUCGGGAAUGAUCCUGUAGCUCAGAAAUCUUUUCUUAGUUUGGAAGCUAUUCCGAGUGUUACCAGUGAAGUUGAUAAAGGAAAGGGUCCUGUGUUUGACUUUGAAAAACAUGAUAACAUCAAUAGCUACCCUCAAGUUCCAGGUUAUCAUACCAAAUUAUUAGCUUCAGCAAUUCAAGCGGGAGGUAUUAGGAAGGAAUCCUUUGUUCCUCAAUAUUAUCGCUCUGAAGGAUCAGCUAAUAACUCUUUUGAUGAUAUGAUGGCCUAUUCAGAAUUCUCAUCAGUUAAUGCAGCUAUGGCUGGUGAAGCUGGCUCAUCAGGCACUGCAGUGGGUUUUAGAGCUGGAAAAGCAAGAAGAAGACCUUCCAGAAACAAAAGACAAAUCGUUGACAAGGAUUCUAUGCUUCAGCAACGCAUCUCAAAAGAAGCGGAAGCUUGGUACGGCGGUCCCACUGGAGGGACUGCCUAA